GAUAUUCUGAGUUAUGUUUAAGAAGCAGGGGUCAUUUAGGGGGCUGUUGCUAGGUUUGUCAAAAGGCAUUUGUCACGGCAUCAUGCUGCAGGCUUUUCCCUCCGGCCGGAUUUCUGUGUACAGCAUUCCAGCUCCGGACCCUGAACAGGCUACAGGGCAGGAAAGUCCACGUGUUUGCUACUGCCCAUCCUACCAAGAAGGUUUGUGCCAAAAGUAUCGUUUCUUCAAAUGGAUGAAGUUGUGUUUCUGCAGGAGAUGUCUUCUAGGAAUAUUACCUACAGUUUCUUUAACCUUUACAGCAAUCGUGCUAGUCUUGCUCUACUCACUCUCUCCAGCUUUUUCUUUUAUUUAUAUCAGUGGAAGUGUAGAAAUUCCUAAUUUGACUUAUACAAAUGACCUCAAUGAUCCAACAUCACAGAAGUUCCUCCUGCAAGCAAAAGCAAUCCAAAAUUAUUUGGCAGAAACAUAUGAAUCUUCCUUCUUGGGAAAGUACUACUUGAAGUCUGUAGUGGCUGCUUUCAGUGCAGGAGAAUCUGGGCCACGAGCUUACUUCUGGAAUACAUUCUGGGCACCACAAGAUAUGGUUGCUUCUCUUAAAAAAUUAACCCCAGUGGAACAAAAAGAAAUCUGUAGCAAACAAGCAGCUCCCUUGUCCGGUUCUGGGGAGAAAGAUUUUGAUCUUGUUACAAUGGAGCUUUUUGUUUCAGAUUCCACAGAAUAUGACAUGAUGCAAAAAUCAGCAGUAUCCUUUGACCUGUAUGCCAAGCCAGGUAACAACAAGACUCUAACUCUGAUGAAUCCCAAAAAGUCUUUUUAUCAAUGGAGACUUCGCGUUCCUUCUAAUUAUGUGGUGAGACUGGUAGUUGUCACUUUGCGUGGCGUCACCCCAGAGAGCUGUGCAUCACACCACCUGUCAGCAUACGAUUUCCUCCUCCCACUGCAGAACAAGAUCAUUACCAGGUGGUGUGGGCCUGGGACCUGGACUUCUUCUGUUGUGCGUUUAACUUCAUCUAGUAAUGUAAUGUUGCUUACCUUCUCACUGGACCGAAGAGGAGAAAGCAACACAUUAAAAGCUCACUUUCAAGCCGUUCCUAAAAUCAUAUGUGGUGGUCACUAUAAUUCCUGGAACGGGACACUGAGUUCCCCUUAUUACCCAAGUUACUACCCACCAAACAUUGACUGCACCUGGAUCAUCAAGGCACCAUUGCCUGGUUACAAACUCUCACUAAAAAUCCUUGCAAUGCAAAUUCAAGAGAAGUCUCCAGGGUCCAGUAAAUGUGACAAAGACUGGUUAGAAAUUGAUGGAGUUAGAUACUGUAAAGCUCUUCCAGAAAACAACAGAAACAGAGAAUAUGGCUAUUCUGUUGCAAUCAACUUCCAUUCUGAUGAGCUGGUCACCCACAGAGGGUUUUAUAUUGAAUACAAAGCUUUCAGUCACACAGACCGUUGUAAUCCAGAACAAUUGGACUGUGGUGAUGGGAAGUGUAAACCUCAGGCUAAGUCUUGUAAAGAUGGUGACAGCUGCAGGCAGGACAGUGAUGAGAAUAACUGCUCCUACAGAAGUUGCUCCCCUUAUGCAUACAAAUGCCUCAAUGGAAAAUGCUUGCUGAAACAAAAUCCUGAGUGUGAUGGGAAAAGAGACUGUACAGAUGGAUCUGAUGAAACGAACUGUGCUUGUGGAAGACGCCAGCUUAAGAAAACCAGAAUUGUUGGAGGUGAAGAUACAAGGUCUGAGAAGUGGCCUUGGCAAGCAAGUUUACAGAUGGGGGCACAGGGCCACGUGUGUGGAGCAUCUGUGAUUUCCAACAGGUGGCUCGUGUCUGCUGCCCAUUGCUUCCUGGAUUCUGAUUCUGUGAGAUACUCUGUUCCAAUGGGGUGGAGAGCAUAUAUGGGCUCACAUGCUAUUAAUGAAAAGAGCAAUCGUGUAGCUAUGAGACCAAUCAUAAGGAUUAUUGUCCACCCACAGUAUGACCAAUCUAUCUCAGACUAUGACAUUGCCCUGUUGGAAAUGGAGACACCUGUACUCUUCAGUGAGCUGGUACAGCCCAUUUGUUUACCCAGCACCUCUAGAGUAUUUCUUUAUGGAACUGUCUGCUAUGUAACUGGCUGGGGAGCCAUAAAAGAAAAUAGUCACCUUGCCAAAACACUCCAAGAAGCUCGAGUGAGAAUGAUUAACCAAAGUGUUUGCAGCAAGCUCUAUGAUGAUCUUAUUACUUCACGAAUGCUGUGUGCUGGGAAUCUUAAUGGUGGUGUUGAUGCAUGCCAGGGAGAUUCUGGAGGUCCCUUGGCCUGCACAGGGAAGGACAAUAGAUGGUACCUUGCUGGCAUUGUGAGCUGGGGUGAAGGCUGUGCUCGGCGCAAUCGUCCUGGUGUGUACACCAAGGUGACAGCACUUUACGACUGGAUCCGUCGGAACACAAACUGACGAGCCAAGGAGAAAAUGCAGAUCACCUCUGUGUGAAAGCUGCUUCCUACUGUAGCCAGUUUGGUGAUACCACAUGAAAAUGC